AUGCUGCUGCCGCACCUACGUACAACUCUUCGGGCGCGACCUCGGUGUCCCAUCCGCCUAGACGCGCGGCGUGUAUCCUCGCUGCCCCUCGUACGCAUUCAAGAUGGUACUUUCUACCGCCGAUACCCGACCGAUGAUGAACAAGAUGCCUUGACCAACCCACCAUUAUUCCCUAAGCUGAACUUCAGUCUCCCUGCGAAGCGAUCCUCCCCGGAAGAGAGUCUGCAGCAUUGGGCCAUCAUCGGUCCAUCCGGCCGCACCGACUUACUUGACAUCCUACGAGGCCUCCAUAUCUCCAUUCCACCGACCGCGCGCUCAUACCCCUACCUGCGCACCGACGAAAUUGCCGCAAAGGAUCCGAAACUACGCGAAGUUGGCAAUGCUAUCCAAUAUAUCGGCUUCAGCGGCGAGGGAUCUGGGGCCAUUGGAGGUACCCGUGGUGCAUAUUUGAGUGCCCGGUAUGAAAGUCUUCGCGAGGAGACCGAUUGGACAGUCGAGCAGUUCCUGCGCGGCCAAACAUCUCUGAACCCUAUGGAAGGGGAAGAAAAGGGAACUGUUCGGGAUGAGAAGCUGCUCGAGGAGGUAAUUACCGAUUUGCGCCUGGGUGCUUUGCUCGACAUGCCUGUUGCGAAUCUCAGUAAUGGCCAAACUCGACGGGCGCGCAUCGCAAAGGCCCUAUUGAAAAAGCCGGAGCUUUUGCUGCUGGAUGAGCCCUUCAUGGGACUGGACCCGGCCACAGUACGAAGCAUCUCUGGGCUACUCCUUCGUUUGGCUGAUAAAUGUUCGCCGCGCCUUAUCCUGGCUCUGCGCCCGCAAGACACCGUGCCGGAUUGGAUUACUCACACGAUGCUCGUUGGAAAUACUCACCAUGUCCUAGCACAAGGAACCCGGCUUGAGAUGAAUCAAGUUCUACAGACCUGGCGCAAGCUCACGGACCCUUCCCAGGCCAAGGAUAAACCUGCAAACCUCGAAGAUAAACCUAUCUUCCUUCGGGCCCAAAAGGACCUUAAAGCAGGGAAUCUUGAUCAAGAGUUGCUUCGGGACUUUACUACGAACCAGACGGCCUCAAAUCGGCUCAAACAGCGCGAGACACCAAUCGGGGGUGAAGCCCUGAUUGAAAUGGAUGGCGUCCGGGUUCAAUACGGCGACAAGGUCGUUCUUGGUAACUGGGAGCAGAAUAUCGAGAAACAACCGAAAAAGGGUCUUCACUGGCGUGUCCGCCGCGGCCAGCGCUGGGCUAUCCUCGGCGCCAACGGAUCUGGUAAAACGACCCUUCUGUCGUUGAUCACCUCCGAUCAUCCUCAAACAUACUCGCAGCCUAUCAAAAUACUUGGUCGCUCUCGCCUACCCGAGGCUGGCAAGCCGGGAAUUUCUAUAUUCGAGCUGCAGUCCCGGCUGGGUCAUUCCUCGCCCGAAAUCCACGCCUUCUUUCCCCGUCAAUUAUCAAUUCGUGCUGCCCUGGAAUCUUCCUUUGCCGAGACUUUCCUCGCCCGGCCCAAGCUCGAUCACGAGCGCGAUCUAGAUGUCUCCGCGGCGUUACGAGAGUUCAAGGCUGAGUUGGAUCCCAAUGCAGCCUCUGCGCUGUCCAAGCCUCCCAAGAUCACCGAUUCUGAUCUUUUUCCCAAACUGAAGACGAAAGGCCAAGGCAAUCCUACUCCUUAUAUACCCGAUGACUUUGAUGUCGACUAUGCUGAUCAGGUGCUUUUCGGUCAACUCACCACCGCGCAACAGCGCAUCGUGCUGUUCCUCCGCGCUCUCAUCCACAAGCCCGAUAUCGUCAUCCUCGACGAGCCGUUUUCCGGCUUGACGGCCUCACAACGCGACAAGUGCCUGAGCUUCUUGGAAAAUGGCCAAUCCGGCCGGCCUUCUGAGAAUCUGCGACACCAGGGUCUAUCCGAUGAGCAGGCUUUGCUUCUGAUCAGUCAUGUGAAAGAGGAGAUCCCGGAUUCCGUUCGGUAUUACAUGCGUCUGCCAUCUGAGUCAAAUGACCCAUCCGCUGAUCCGCUUGAUUUCCGAUUUGGCGUGCUCAAAUCCUCGAGCAACCUCGGCGAUGCGAAAACAUGGGAUGUGGCUUGGUCUUCACCAACCGAGUUUAAGAAGGCUACGAGGCGGAGCUUUCGCAGGGCCAGCAAGGAAGAAGGGCAAACCGACUUUUCGACCUAUGAAUAUUUCACAGCAUGA